UUCAAACAAACACUGUUUUUGGUCUUUAGUGGGACUGCAACAGGAUCAGGUUGGCCAUUCACAAGCCACCAGUCCCUGGAAUCCAUCUUAGACGGAGAACACAUCAGUUAUGUCCGGUUCAUUGGAUCGCCGCUUGGAUCACUUAGCAAGACAAACAUGUCUAACGAGGCGAACAAUUGGAUUGCCACUUAACCGUCUGAUUUCUUUGAGUGACUCGUUUUCGCUGAUGCAGGCAUAAACUACUGGCCCUUAUUCUGAGACCCCUCUGCUCCAGGGGUAUAAAACCAGAGAGGACCUGAUGUUCUGCCUCGACCAAUUCACCCCAGGGCAACUCAGCAACCCCUUUCCAGAAAGCUUCUACACCACCAUCAACUCUACAGUCCAUCAUUGCCAUGGCCUCAUGGCUCCAAGCUACGUCUCUCCUGGUGCUACUGAGCCUCUCCCCCGGGGCCAACAGCGCAGCAGCCCAGCACCUGUGUGGCUCUCACCUGGUGGACGCCCUCUACCUGGUGUGUGGAGAGAAGGGAUUCUUCUACAAUCCCAAGAGAGAUGUGGAUUCCUUAAUAGGUUUUCUCUCUCCAAAAUCGGCCCAGGAGAACGAGGUCGCCGAGAACCCCUUCAAAGACCAAAUGGAGAUGGUCAAGAGAGGCAUCGUGGAGCAGUGCUGUCACAAGCCCUGCAACAUCUUCGACCUGCAGAGCUACUGCAACUGAUGCCUGUGGCACUGCUCAGUCUGACCCCCCCGACCUGCUCCAGCGCUCAGAAAAUAUAUCCCUGUCUCAAAACUCUGCUUUAAUAAGUGCAUUGAUGAAAUGGCCUAGACAUGUUUUAUUUUUCCUAGAAAAUAAAGUUCUAUGAAAUGACCAAGAAC